AUGACGGAUAUAGCCAUUAGAAAAUGUUUACAUGGUCUUGGAGAAAAAACUGUCACCGAACGAAAACGGCAAACUGAAGCAUUAAUUGAUCUUUUAUGUGACAAUCAAACUCAAAUUCUUAUCGAUAAUAAUACAAAAGAAGCAGAAACAAAAUUAAUUACUUGGGAUGAUUUACUCCGAGAAAUUCGUGCCCAUACCAUAAAAGAGUUAGUUACUGCUAAAUCAAAAUCGACAUCUGGAUUGAACGCAACACAGUCAACAACCGCUAUGGCUCGUGCAGCUUCUUCUUCUGAUAUAAAAUUUAUUGAAGCAAUGAAAUUAUUCAAAGCAUUUCUCGUCUAUGCCAAUGGACGUGGUCCACAAUUAAAUUCCCGUGAUUUAAUAGAUUGUUUUCUUGGUAUUUUAACAAGUGAUUCGUGGUUAUCAUGUGAUAUUGUGUUGAAAGAAUUGAGUAGAAUAUUUAUCAAUGAUGUAUUAUCGAUGCACAAAUAUUGUUGUGAUGUCAAAGAACAAGAAUGGAUUGAUUUAUGUGAAUUGUACAUGUCAUUGUAUAAAAGUGUAGAUAAUAAUUCUUCUUCUUCUUUGAAAACCUCAUCAUUCGAAUUAGAUCGUUCAUUGUAUAGUACCUAUUUACGAACAAUUGUGGAAAAAUGUGUCAUUUAUUCCGAUAUAGAAUUAUCGACAACAAAUAUUCGAGAAGAUUUUAUCGAAUUUCUUCAAUUAGAAAUUGAAAGAAUGAGACAUUCGACUCAUUUUUCGGUUCUUGAAAAUUUAUUAUCAAUGUUAAAUGUGUGGUGUCAUAAAUUUGUCUAUGACUUACCUUUACUAAUAUUAAAAGUAGGAGAAACAUUAUUCCCAACAAUUUUAGCAAUAUGGAGAAAGAAAUGCAAUGAAAAUUCAAAAAAUGAAAUAAUAAAAUUUUGUCGUUUACAAAUGACACUUCAUCAUCCAUAUCAAGCAGACAUAUUUGAUGAUGAUUAUAAGUUAAAUUUAUGGAUGAAACAUCUACAAGACAUAUCAGAUAUAUUAUUAAAAGAAAUUGAUGAAAUAUGUCAAAAACAACAAUUAACAAGUCGACAACAUCAAAACAAUUUUGAAAUUCGCUCAGAUUUAUUACAUUUGUCCAGUAGCGUUUUCUAUCAGAUUCCAUAUGAAAUUGUCGAAGAGAAUAACGAAGAUAUAAUUGAGCCAAGUGCAAAACGUACACGUUAUGAAUAUUCAACAUCGGCCACAUCUGUGAACACUACUCAGAGUAGCAUCAUUGAGAAUGGAACACAAUUAAAAUGUUUUAGACGUUUAUUUCAAUCAACUGAUUUUUAUCAUCAAGCAGCUGGUUUUCAAAUUUUAGCAUUACAAAUAGAACGUUCAAUGAUUAUUUCAGAAAACGAUUGUACAUAUUAUUUGACGGUUAUCAAACGAUUUUUAACCGAAGAAAGACGACCAUGUUUAUUAAUGAAUCUAUUACGUUGUUUAUUGUUGAUGCUCAAUCAUAAAUUAGUAAAAAAGAUUGAUAAUUUAUUACCUUUAAUCUAUCCAUUAUUACGUCAAUCAACUUGUGAAUCAAUUGUAUUACAAAUUUUAUUUCAAUCAUCAAGUUUAAUAUCCCAUGAUAUUGACUUGUUGGAUAUUUCAAUAAAUUCUUUGAUAUCAUUACAAUAUAUACUAUGCCGUUUGAUUAAAGAUGGUAACCACAAUUUAACUACUAAUAAAAAAUUACAUUUAUUAACAAAAUUAAUGUUUGAUAUGGAAGCAGUUUAUUUAGAUUCUGAAUGUGAUCAAGUUUUAACUAAUACAAUUGAACCUACUUGUGAAUAUACUCAAAUUUAUAGUCAAAUUUUAUUACAAUUAUGUUCAAUUGAUUUAUUGCCCAUGGAUCAAUCUACUUGUUGUCAACAGGCAUCCGUCAUUUCUGAUAAACUUGAAUAUGAAUGGUCUAAAAGAAAAUAUCUUAAAUCAUUCGAUGAUAAAUCUUUACAAUCGACUAUGAAAUUUAAAUUUUUAUCCAAUUCUAAUCAAUUUGUGCUCGAUUCUAAUAUAUUUAAUGAAUUUAAUUUAAAAUAUGAAAAAAAUGUUAAAUUUAUUAUUAAUUUAAAAGAUAAACAUCCGGGUGUACAUUAUCGUCUAUUAAUUCAUUUAGCAUUUACUGGUGUUCAUAUCUUAAAUAUGAUUCAAUCUUAUUUUGUCAUCGAUACAUGGAAUAAUAAAGAGUCCAAUAUUUACAAAUCAUUAGAACAAAUUACAGAUAAUAUACAUCUAUUAUUUGAUGAAUUACCAAAUGAAACACAGCUCAUAUUAAAUAAGAAACAAUUUUUACCUGAUUAUCGUCAGUCAUUUUUACAUUAUCUUCACAGUCAAAUUUUGACUGUAACAUCUCUUCUCCCAUUGUCAUCGUCACUAUUAAUUCCCUGUUUAACAACAUUCAACAUACCUCAUCUUAUUUACAUAUUUUUAUCACCUAAAAUGUUUGUUAAUAUCUAUGAUUAUUUAAUAAAUUAUUCAUUAGAAUCAGCGGAUUUAGCAUUAAUUCCAGGUGUAAAAUGUCCAUUAAAAAAUGAUGAUUUAGAAGCACAUUCAAAAUCUUAUUUAUUAGCCGAAGAAAUUUUGUUGUCUAAUGGACUUCAAGGUAUCUAUGAUUUAUUAUUAUUAAAUGAACAACAUGAUCGUUCUAGCCUUUUUCAUCAUUUUAUUAUUUCAAAAUAUUCUCAGUUAACCUAUGAAACAACAGUAAGAUUUUUUAUGAAAUUAAUCGAUGACAAAUUAGUUGAACAUAUUGAAAAUAUAAUUACAGAUGCUUUAGAUCCAUUUGUAUUUCGGCAAAUAUUUCUAUUUUUACAAUAUUUCUGUUCAUGUUCGAUGAUAAGAAUAUUAUGGCGUCAAAGUGAUUUUGAUUUUAUUUUGGAUUCAUUUCAUCAUCUAUUUAAAUUGUAUCGAAAAGAUGUGUGUACCUGUCAAAUAUUAUUAGAAUUAUUUGAACAAUUUUUAAUGAAUUUUGUAUUUUUAUCCAAAGAUAAAUUAAAUAAAAGUGAAAGUGUAAUUAAAAUUAAAAAAUUUAUUGAUGCAUUUUGGCAAAUAGCUACAAUAAAAACGGCAAGUGAAAUAUCAACAUUAAAUUCGGCAUCAAGACAAAUUGUCAUUAGAUUAAAACAAAUACUUAUCGAAAUUUAUAAUGAUACAACCGAUGAGGAGACAACAACAGUAACAAGUCGUAUUAAUAAUGAUUUUACAACGUUAACAUGUUUAUUAUCAGAUAAAUCGUAUUUGGUUCGUUUGACUGCUUCACAAUUAUGUUUAGAUUUAUUUUAUGAAAAAUAUACAUUUUCUCAAAAUGAUAUCGAAUGUGAAUUAAUGGAUGUUGAUAAUAAUGAUGACAAUAAUACACUAUUUUUAUAUAAAUUAAUUGGUCCAUAUGAUAUUAAACAAUUUGAUUUUGAUAAAAGUCAACAAUCACAUAAUUUACAAUUUACAAUUGAAUUUAAUCGUUAUUUAUGGAAAUAUCGUACAAUUUAUCGAAAAUUAGUAACAUCUGUUCAACAAGAACAAAUUUAUGAACGUUUAAUAUUAAAUAAAGAUUCAAUAAUAUUAAUUUGUCUUCUAUCUAAAACGAGUAAAUAUUUAGAAAGACGAUGUAUGUUUAAAUUAUGUGAACUUAUUUAUGAUAAACAAUUGACAAUAAAAGAGUGUCAACGAAUAUGUGAACAUUUGUUAAAACAUGGAAUUGAUGAACAUAUGGAAUAUAUUAUUCAAACGUGGCUUGACUCUGGCUAUAAUUUAAAACUAUUUCCAUAUGAAUUACUAAAAUUUAAAACAUUUGGUGAUUAUUUUAAACAAUAUACUCAUCUAAUAUUUCCAUGUUAUUUUCUUUCAAAUUCGUAUGAAUUUCUUGUAAAUACCAUUACAUUUGAUCAAAAAUUAUAUAUUCAAAAAUAUUUACCAAAUUUACUUGCACAUAUUUUACCGUUAAUGGCCGCAGGAAAAACGAAUCAAACUGAAGAUCGAAUACAAGCUGAAAAAUAUCAACAGUUAAUUGAACAACUAUUGACAAAAACAGUUUAUUAUCAACUUGUUAAACAAAAAUUAACUCAGAUUGUUCAACAAUUAUUAAUGACAUAUUGGAAUGAUGAUAAUGAUCAAUUGUUACCGGAACCAAUUCGACCAGCGUAUACAAAAGAAGCAAUUUUAAAAACAUUUGAAUAUAUUAAAAUAACAUUUUUUGCAAGUGGAACACAACAAAAUACUGUCAAAGCAAUGUCAUUUAUCAGUCUAUUAACAAAGACAGCUGAUAUAAAUGAAAUAUUAUUGUAUUUAUCAUCAUAUUUACUUAAAACAAAUUCAAUUCAUGAACAAUAUCGUUUAUUAUUGAUUCUAGAAUUAUUUUUAAAUGAAUUACUAUUGAAUUUACAUGAUUUACAAUUGUUAUCUACAAGUGUACUAAGAGAUUGUACAUAUUUACUAUUAAGAUAUUUGAAUGUAACAAAAAAUCAAUCUAUUCAACAAUAUCCACUAUGGUAUUGUGAAUUAAAGAUAAAAAUUUUUGAUUUAUUAUCAGCAAUGUUAAAACAACUCGUUAUAAUGGGUCUUGAAUAUAAUAGCGAUAAUUAUAUGGAUUAUAUUCCUGAUUUAGUUUUAAUAUUAAUUGAUCAUCCGUCGUUAACACGUUCACAUAUUCAACUUUUAAUUGAACAAAUCUAUGAUUUUAUCAAAUCAAAACGUACAAGUAUACCAUUGAUGAAUUGUCUUUGUUUUCUUAUUGAACGAGAAAAUUAUCGAAAAUAUUGUCCAAAUAUUCGUAUAAAUUUAGUAGAUUUUCUUGAUUUAAUCAACAAAACAACACCUGUUAAAUGGUUACUAACAUUAUUUUUACAAGAAAUUAAUGAUGCCUAUGUAAAAGGAAAUGAACAAUCAAUUAAUACACAAUCAUUGAACACAAUUGAAAAUGUAAAAUGUAAAUUAAUUAAAUGUAUAUCAGGAAAUGAUCGACAAUUAUCAACUCUGGCUGGCAAAUGUUUGGCAAAAUUAAACUGUUUUUCCUCAUCAAAAUCGUGUUAUGAUAUUGAUGAUCAAGAUGACGAUAGUUUUAAUACUAUACCUCUUUGGAUAUUAAAUGAUUUAACUUCAUCUUAUUUGAUUGAUCCAAAUCAGUUUGUUGUUGAAUGUUCAAAUCGUACAGCGAGAAACUUAUUAUUAAUCGAUGUUGGUCAAGAAUUGUUAAAAGCACAUAAAGAAAAUUCAAAUGUUGUCCAUUAUUUACAACCAUUUAUCAGUCAGAAAAAAGGAGUAGUCACAUCAGCACUGUCUGAAAUAUCAACAAUCGAUUACGAUAAUUUAGGUAUUUUACCCGUUGUUCAUAUGGCAUCAGCCGAAUCUCAAUGGUCCUUGUUUAAUGGUUUAACUUCAUUUAAACAAUGGUUGAAUUCAAUUGUUGAUUAUUUGUUAUUAGAAUUAAAACAUAAUCAAGUUGAAUCUGGUCACAAAUAUGCACAAGUGUUUAUCCAACUAGGUCAAUUAUGUCGUUUAAAAAUUCAGUUAACUAAAAAAUUAUUUCCAUAUCUUAUUUAUUCUCUUCUUUUACUACCAAAAAAUACCAAUUUACAACAAAAUUUAAGUAAACAUAUUCAAACAUUAUGCGAACAAUUGUUGAGUGUUGCAUAUAAUAAACAACAACAACAACAACAAGAACAGAAUGAAAAUCAAAUGUCAAAAUCAGAUUAUUCACAAAUAGCAUCAGUUCUAUUUCGGACGAUUAAUUUUUUAAGACAAUGUCAUCGAAAUGCAACAGCAAUUUCAACUUCAACAUCAACAAGAAGUAGUAAUUCAUCUCAUACAGAUAAUAGCAAUGUAACAACAACGAUAUUAAAUUUUGAAAAUAAUUUUUGGUUAGAUUUGGAUUAUUUUCAAAUGGCAAAAUGUGCAUUAGCUUAUAAUGUAAAUAGAUCAGCUCUGAUCUAUGUUGAAUUAUGGACAACAACACAAAGAUCAUCUUUAGAUACGAAUGAUUGUAGUCGUCAAUUAUAUUAUUCUGAUUUAGAUUUAGUUCAUAAAAUAAAUAAUUCUCAUCCCUAUCGACAUGAUUUGAUUCAAAUGUGUGUUCAACUCUAUUCAAAUUUAAAUGAAUUCGAUGGAUUUUAUGGUUUAGAAAAAAAUCUUUCUUCACUUAUGGAAAAACCAACUGGUUUACAUGCAGUAUUUGAACAAGUGAAUAAUCAUUGGAAUGAAUCACUUUUUUUACAAGAUCAAGCUGCUGCUAGCAACGCUAAAUCAUCACCAUCAAAAAUAAUUCAAUCACUUCGACUAUGUGGUUUUAAUCAUUUACUUGAGCAUUAUCUUAACAAUUUAUCUACAACAAUACCGACUGAAUCAAAGCGAACACUUUAUCGAAUACAAUUAACUUCUCUACUUUCAACAACAAAAUGGGAAGAAACAAAAAAUUUACACUCUUGGCACUCAGAAUCUCGACAAUUAAAUUCGUCCUCCAUACAUGAUGACAUAUUAUCACUAAUGUAUCGUCAAACCAAAGUUCCACAAUUAUCAACACCCAUAUUAAAAUUAGAUUUAUGGUCUAAAUUAUUCGAUCAAUAUUCAACAUUAAAAGAGAAACAACAAAAUUCUGACUGUGAUUUAAUUCGAGAUUGUCGUUUAAUUAAUGUUAUUGACGAUUGUAAAGAAUCAAAAUUAGAUUCAUUGCCAAAAUUAUGGUUGACCUAUGUUGAUAAUGAUUUUGAUCGAAAUGAUGAACUAUUAUUAACAAGGACAGCUGCGUUAGUAACACUAGUUCAAGAAAAUAAUGAAAAUAUAUUAAUGAAACGAACGUUAUUGUCCAAUUUAUUAUGUGAACGUUAUAUAAAUGACUUUUCAUCUUUAUUUGGUGCUGAAGGUGAUCAUUCAAUUCUCUAUUUACGUGGUAAAGUGUUGUGUUUACGAAAAAUGGAAACAUCUGGUGAAUAUUUGAGACAAUUAAUUCAACAUCUAUCGUUAUCUGUUAAUUCUUCAUCUAUCAAUAUUCUACGUGUUAAAUGUCAACUAUUACUAUGUGAUUGGUUAUUAGAAACACGUUCUGAUACGCCUCUAUCAAUUCGUUUACAAUUAGAACAAAUUAUAACCGAUGUUGAAAAACAACAGGGUUCAUCUGCUGAAUAUGCACAAGUCAAUUUUCAAUCGUAUCUAGCAAUGGCUCGUUUUAGUGAUCAAGAAUAUGAACGUAUUGAUUCAUUAAUUAAAUCAGCCGCUUAUGAAGGUAAACGAAAUUUAUUACAUCAGAGUGAAUUAGAAUAUGAAAAAGUAAAUAAAAUUGAACAAGGUGGAAAAUAUGCUCGUGUACUCCAACGAAAUCUACAAUUAGAUAAAAAAGAAUUAGAAACAAUUGAACAACAACGUCAAGUAUACUUAACAUUAUCACUUGAAAAUUAUCUUAAAUGUUUAAAAUUAUUUUCAAUACAUCCAUCAUCAUCGCCACUUAAAAAAGAUAAACAUAGACAAAUAGCAACAACUAAUCAAACCAGUCAAUCAGCAACAACAGCAGCAACAGUAUUAACAAAUUCUGCUCCAGAAAUAAUGAUUGCAUCAAAAUGUUAUUCAUUAUGGGUUAAAAAUAUCGAUAAAGACGGUAUAAAUAGUAAAAUGUCAGAAUAUUUACAUGAUAUACCCACACAUUUCUUCUUACCAUUUGUUUAUCAAAUGGCAGCUCGAAUGAAUUUAACAGGUGUCAGUGAAUCAUCUAAAAAACACUCAUUUUAUUCAAUAUUAUUCUCCUAUUUAUAUCGUUGUGUUCAAGAUCAUCCACAUCAUGUUUUACCCGUUAUAUUUGCAUUAGCAAAUGCACAUAAAGAUGAAAAUAUUAUUCAACAACAGCAACAAACUGGUAAAGGAAAACAAUCUCAUGUUGUUCAAUUAAACGAUGAUUUAUCAUCGACUGAUCAACGUUCAAAAGCUGCUCAUUCAUUAAUUGAAAAAUAUUCAAAAACAAAACCUCAUAUGGUCGAUCAAAUGAGAAAAUUAAAUGAUGCUUACAUUGAAUUAGCUAAUUUUGAUUUACAACCAGGACAAAAAGAAAAACAAAAUGGAACAAUUUAUCCAUUACCAAAAACAUUAAGAUUAAUGCAAAUACAAAAUUAUGAACAUGUAGCUGUACCAACUGUUACAAUACCGGUUUCUCUUGAUUGUCAUUAUGAUAAAAUUCCCUAUGUUGUUCGAUUUGAACCGAAAUGUCGAUUUGUUGGUGGUGUUAAUUUACCAAAACGUAUUCAAGUACUCUCAUCAACUGGCAUAUUACUCUCUCAAUUAGUUAAAGGUCGAGAUGAUUUAAGACAAGAUGCUGUUAUGCAACAAUUAUUUACAGUAUGUAAUCGUCUAUUAGCUAAAGAUGAUUUAACACGUUCAAAACAAUUACAAAUUCGAACAUACAAAGUAGUUCCAUUAACACAAAAAUCUGGCGUAUUACAAUGGUGUGAAGGAACAAUAACAUUGGGCGAUUAUCUAUGUAAUUUACAUACACCUGGUGGUGCCCAUCAACGUUAUCAUCCACAUGAUUGGCCAAUAAGUGAUUGUCGAAAAAAAUUACAAAAAGUUCAAAAUUUAACGUAUGAAGAACGUGCAAAAGUAUUUAUGGAAAUAUGUCAACAUAUUAAACCAGUAUUUCGCUAUUUUUUCUUUGAAUAUUAUCCAAAUGCAACUAUUUGGUAUAAUAGAAAAAUGGCUUAUGCAAAAAGUGUGGCUACAUCAUCAAUUGUUGGAUAUAUUGUGGGUCUUGGUGAUAGACAUGUACAAAAUAUUUUAAUUGAUACACAAAUCGGUGAAGUAAUUCAUAUCGAUCUUGGUGUUGCUUUUGAUCAAGGAAAAAUAUUACCUGUACCAGAAACUGUUCCAUUUCGACUAUCUAGAGAUGUUAUUGAUGGACUGGGAAUGUGUGGAACAGAAGGUUUAUUUAAAAAGAGUUGUGAAUGCACAUUGGAAUUGAUGCGUCAAUAUUCAGAUACAAUUUUAACAAUAAUUGAAGUAUUUCUCUAUGAUCCAUUGUAUCAAUGGCAAAUUUCACCUCAGAAAGCUUUUCAUUUACAACAACAACAACGUUCGACGGCAGAUACUGAUCAAACAAUAAAUUCAACGAUGCAAACACCAUCAAGAAAUGGAAAAGGACAUACGACUUAUAUAACUACGACAAAUGUGAAUACAAUAGCUAAAACUGUCAAUGAAGGAACAACUGAUACAAAUAAAUUAGCUGAACGUCUUCUCAUUGGUUUAAGACAAAAACUUCAAGGUUUUGAAGGUAUUUUACAAAUGACAAUAAAAGCACAUGUAAAUAUGCUAAUUAAUGAAGCGACAAGUGUCGAAAAUUUAUCAAGAUUAUUUGCUGGAUGGCAGCCGUAUUUGUAA